UUCGACAUGACAUACUACAAACUAUAAAAAUACCUAAUUACAUAAAUUUAAAUGUAAUAAUAACAAUUUAACGUUAUUUAAUAUUGUAGUUAUAAGCAAAGAUUGAUAAGACUAUAGUUAACAUAGUACAGAAGAUAAUAGUGUUUUUUAAUUUAUUUGCUCGCAUAAUCUAAAAAACCGUUAAUUAGUAUUCAAAAUAAUAUAAAUAUACAUACUAUUUAAUGAUUAUAUUAAUUUUCGAUGGAAUAUCUAACCACAAAAUUUCGAGGGCCGGAUGAGUUGUGAUGUCCAGUAUUACAUUUUUGUUGUGAAAUUAUCUGCUAGAGCUUCGCCCACACGAGUAUUUUAGUAUAAAGUGUUCUGUAAAUCCAUAAUGAGUUAAGUCACUGAGCGAUGCCUUUUGUUUUAUACGUCGCAUUCAAGUUUCAUCUAACUCGUCUUGUGUUUUAUUUAAAUUCUUAAAACGUUUGUGGUUCCACUGACAAUAAUUUGAAUAUCACAAUAUUGUUCAAUGAUUUAAGUGAAUGAAAACAAAAUCAAACAACAUAAAAUUAGCCGGUACCCACUUAUAGUACUUAUAAAAUGGACCGAAUGAGAGCGUGACCGAAUAAUUGCGCUCUUUUUCACUUAUGACCACUUAGUAAAAAUAUAAAGAUUUGUGCAAACACCGAGACCGUCUUGAAGUUUCGUCUUCAGUCACAGGACCAUCAUGGAGACUCGCGUUCGUAUUGCAGCUUUCUAUACCUGUUUCUGUUGGCUUUACAGCGUCCGGGCUAACGCGAUCGACUUCAGCUCGAUGCCGAUGACCCUGUACAAUGCCACAGCUUACAUAAUGCGACAUCAGAGGAAUUCCGACAUAGAAUUCAUAAGGUCCACCGGAAACGAAGUGGACGCAGACACGGGCGAAAACAUUCAAGUCGACAAGAGCCCUUUGGUGUUGACCACCGAAGUGUGCAACCCGACAAAGUGUCAGUCCGGCAACAAAAUGCAGGGGCUGUGUGUGCCGGCCGAAUCGUGUUUCAAAAACGGAGGACAAGCCGGCAUACCGUGCAACGGGUCGACCAAUCUGAUUUGCUGUACAUACUUGCUGACGUGCGGCGACGUGUCCGGCGAAAAAGUCACUUACCUGCAGUCGCCCGAAGGACCCAAAAUGGAUUCUGGCAGUUUGGCUUGCGACUACGACGUUCUAGUCCAGAAAGACACUUGCGCGGUUCGCGUCGACUACGAACACGUGGAGCUGGCCAGGAAAAUCGGAGGCGUGUGUGACAUCGACCAGGUCUACAUACUCAACUCCAACGACGGCCCUACCACAGGACAAUGCGGACCUUUGACCGGCUACAGCACCGUUGUAGCAGUUAAACCGAAUCAAGUGAAACCGCUAAAAAUCGCACUAGUCGUCCAAAGUGAACCGGCCAACUUUUGGCUAAUAAAAGUGUCGCAGAUAGGAUGCUCCGAAAUUCAACCGUUCAAAGAAGCGGUCGAUUGUGGAAUGUCUAGUGACGACUCUUCGCACCUAACCCCGUCGCCCAGCCGUUGCGACGACGAAGACAUUGGAAUUGGUGGAGAUUCGAGGCACCAACGUUCAGCUUCGACCGGCGACGUCUGGUGGAGUUAUCCCGAGCCCAUAUUGAACACUUACUAUUACCAGAGCACCAAAGCUCAUAUGCGACAAGAGCACAACGGCGGCAAUGUUUUCCACCACAACCGCAGGAUCAUCGGUGGGGCCGAUGCGGAGAUGGGCGAAUACCCGUGGCUGGCGGCCAUCGCCUUGGACGGGUUGUUCUUCUGUGGCGGAGCUCUCAUCAACGACAGAUUCGUGCUGACCGCCGCCCAUUGCGUUAUGACGAGAGACACACCCGUCGAAAGCUUAAUGAUACACUUGGGCGACUACGACUUGACUUCGGACAACGAGACGGAUCACCAGGUGCGUUCGGUCUCCCAAGUGAUUUUCCAUUCCCAUUUCCAUCCGUUCCUGUUGGCCAACGACAUUGCUCUUCUGCGGCUCGACAGACCCGUAGAAAUGGGAAUCACCGUGCAACCCGUAUGCAUAAACGGAGGCGGCGAUUCGUACGUGGGACAAAAAGGUUCGGUGAUCGGAUGGGGAAUCACGUCGUUCCCAAUGGGCGAUCCCAGCCCAAUACUUCAGAAGCUCACCGUCGAAGUACUGUCCAACUUCCAAUGCGCUCGGCUUAUCGGCGACCACGUGGGACUGGGAAUGUUGUGCGCCGCGGCUCCUUCUCUGCAGGGGACUUGUUUCGGUGACAGCGGGGGUCCUUUGACAAUGCAACGUGACACGGGACAAAACGUUUUGAUCGGUGUGGUCAGCUACGGUGUGACAGGAUGUGCCAUACGGCCGGCGUUUCCGGAUUUGUAUACAAGAAUAUCCGAAUACACCAAAUGGAUUGACGUGAGCUUAUCAAUGUGA